GCGGAGGAAUACGCGCCUGUAAAAAUUGAAUCUAAAACGUUUUUUUUUUUUUUUUUUUUGGACGUUUCUAAAAAGGUGAUAUUUUCAAAUAGAGAUUUAAAAAAGUAUUCACUGCAAUUUAUAAAACCGAAUAUAUAUAGAAUUAAUUAAAAGAAAAAAUGACGAAAUCGAACUGCGUUGAUCUUGAAAAGUUCAUGGAGGACUUUGCUCGUCUGGAACAGUGUUCCAUUGACGUGUUUGUCUGAUAAAUGAGUCUGUUGGCUCCCACUUCAGAACAUUACGGUGGUUCACAGCAGGAGCAGCUCGCUGGAGAUCCUGCUGGAAGACGCCAGCAGACGCAGGAAAAUGGGUCUGACGAAGGAGAAGAGUCUGUCAGAAGAGAAAGACGGCCUCCUCGUUACUAUAAGAAGACUGCAGGAGACGCUGCAGGAGCAGUGCAACCUCAGAGAAGAAAACGACAGACUGAAGACGGAUGUCUUGCAUCUGAAAGAACACAUUGAAAGAACAAGGGAGGUUGGAGAGGCGGAGCUUCAGCGGCUGGUCAGCAAACUGCAAGCAGACGGGAGGAGACGCAAGGUGGAGCUCGAGGCUGUGAGACUGGGGUGCAGCCGGGAGGUGGAGGACGCCCGCAGAGACGCCGUCAUGCGGUUGGACGCCAAAGAAGCAGAAAUGAAGAAGCUGCUGCAGGAGAAGGAUCUGAAUGUGGAGGAGAUGAAGAAGAAGCUGAAGGACCAGGAGAAGCAGAGGCAGAGCGAGCUUCUGAAGUUACAGAUGGAGUUUGGUGCAAAGUUGGCCCGAGUCCAGAGCUCUGCUGAGAGAAGCCUGCAGCAGCAGCAGCAGGGCUCCGGCCCGCUGCCACACAGCAUCUUCAAGAGGGUGAGCGCCGCGCACCCGUCUCCCAGGGUUGCAUGCUUGUUGAUGCAGAAGCUGCAGUUUUUCCAGGAGGAGAAGAACAAAGAGAUCACCGCUUUACGUCAGCGAAUCAGAGAGCUGGAAGAGAACCAGCGUGUCUGCAGCCUGAAGAGAAGAAAGCCUUAGUGGAGAGCAGCAGCUGCUGCUGCCGACCUUUCACCCUGUGCACGACAUGUUUACCGGCUGCUGGAGAGCAAACAUUUCUAAACUUUAACACGACAGCGCUUGAGUCCAUGAUGGUGUCGUGUGCAGGAGAGCACAUUUGAGCACACGCUGCAUCGCCGUCUCAGGGUUUAAUCCAAUUACAGGCCUACAGGGGAGGGUGGGGGGGCAGAAGCAUAGAUGAGGAGGAGACACACUUCUCAAUGAAUCACAAUGCCGGAUCAGUAAUCCUGCUAAUCUGUUUCCCCUCCAAGAAUUUGUCUUACUGCGCUUGUUUCCUGUUUGGAAAUGCUUUUGUGAGUUCAGAUGUAGAUGUAGUCUUCUGCCCGAAACCUUCACAAGAACCCGUUGGUUUUCUGUCCAAGCAGAGUCGUCUUUUUUCUCCAAAUAAACGUUUUGACAGUUCA